AUGACGUCCCAACCCCUCCCCAGCAGCAGCACUACCCGCCCGAACACGGAGAAGUACUCGGACCCGGACCCCCUCGCGUACGAGGCCCAGGUCUACCAGCAGGGCCUGCGGUACCAGCGGCCGCCCUUCACCUUCAAGCCGCUGGAGUGGGAGCCGCUGGCCGCCGAGCGUAUGUCGGCCGAGACGAGGGGGUACGUGCUGGGGUGCGCCGGGACGGGGGAGUCGGCGCGCAAGAACCGGGAGGCGUUCGGGAGGUGGUCGAUCGUGCCGCGGCGGCUGGAACUAGGGGGGGGCAUGACGUCGUCUCCUCGUGGUGGCGGCGAGGAGAAGGACGUGGGGAAAAAGGGAGACGUGUUCCCGCGUCUUUCCGUCCGCCUCUUCGGCCGCGAGCAGCUGCUUCCGUUCCCCAUCGCCUGCGCGCCCGUCGGCGUCCAGAAGAUCAUGAACCCGGACGGGGAGCUGGCGACUGCGCGAGCGGCGGCGCGGGAGCGGGUCCCGUUUAUACUGAGCACGGCGAGUAGUGCCAGCAUCGAGGACGUGGCGAGGGCGAAUGAUUCGGGAGUGGAGCAAGAGCAGGAAGGAGGGGAGAAAGGAAACGGAAACGGAAAACCAAAGGCGGAGAGGUGGUUCCAGCUGUACUGGCCGGCGAGGGAGCACGACGAUAUCACAGCGUCGCUGCUGCUGCGCGCCAAGAAGGCUGGGUAUAGCGUGUUGGUGGUUACGCUGGAUACGUCUAUCUUGGGGUGGAAGCCUGGCGAUAUGGAUAAUGGAUACAACCCGUUCCUGCGCUCGGACCAAGUGGGCGUGGCCAUCGGGCUGUCGGACCCGGUGUUCCAAGCGCACUUCCAGCGGAAGCACAACGGGCUGUCCGUGACGCAGAAGCUGGGGGCCGCGGCGGCCGAGUGGACGCGCACGAUCUUCCCCGGGACGACGCACGCGCUGUCCGACGUGGCCUUCCUGCGGGAGCACUGGGACGGGCCGAUCGUGCUCAAGGGCAUCCAGAGCGCGGCGGACGCGCGCGCGAUCGCCGCCUCGGGGCUCGUCGACGGCGUCGUCGUGAGCAACCACGGCGGGCGCCAGGCCGACGGCGCGGCGAGCUCGCUGGGGACGCUGAGGGGCGUUGCGCGGGCCGUCGAAGCUGUUAACGCGGAAACCAGCGGAGAUGGAGGGCAGAAAGGAGAUAGCAAGAAGAAAAGAAAGGUCCAGGUUCUCUUCGACUCCGGGAUCCGCAGCGGCGUGGACGUCGCGAAAGCGCUGGCCCUCGGCGCGGACAUGUGUCUGGUCGGCCGGCCGUUCGUGUACGGGCUGGUGCUCGGCGGCGAGGAGGGGGUCGCGCACGUGCUGCGGAGCUUGCUGGGGGAUCUGGAGCUCACGCUGCAUCUGUCGGGGAUAAAGUCCGUGGGGAAGGAGGAUUUAAAUGAGAGCGUGCUGGUUAAGGAGGAUGAACUGUUUUAA